GCGCAAACAGUGCGCAAUAACCAAUUUUUUCAUCAUCGGCAGAUGCCGCUGGUAUCUCCGAUUUAAAAUCUCUAACCGUAGGAUCGUCCGUGAGAAGUGAGUUUGGUAUUCGCAGUUAGUGAUCGACCGUAAAAAUUAUUCAUUUAAAGACGAAUGCGUCGCAUGUUUAUGUUUACUCGCCGAGUCGAGUCGUUGCUUCAAAAGCAGAUCAGAGAUUUUAAGAUAUUCAGAGUUUCAAGGGAAAUACGAUGUGCGAUCUAAUAGAUUUGAGUAGUCCGGACCCCCGGAUAUUGAAAACUUCAAAACUUGCCUCACCUUUAAUCCCAGGACCUGUAACCCCUCGUAAUGAGACAGAAAAAAUUUUCAAUAUGGACUGUGUAUGUUAUGAAAAACGUUCCAGUUUUGACAACAAUCCAUUUGACCAAGCAUUUAAGGAGACUGUGGAAUAUGCUGCAAAAAAGAAUGAUCCCUUUGAGGCAGUCCUUCAAAAGGCGCUGCAAUCCCAAAAUCAUAAUAAUAAACAUAAAGAGGAUUACACACCUAAGCGUAGAAAGCAUAGAGAAAUUCUUAAAAUGAAUAAAACUAUGGAUGAACCAUUACGUGAAAUGAUGUUAAACAAGAAUCUGUGUGACUUAAUCAAGUCUUCUCGGAAUACAGAUGCAAAACAAAGUAUUAUCAACAAUUCACCCAACAAAGAUUUGAUUAUUGAUAAUCAUAUAGCAAUAAAUACUCCCAAUGUAAUUAUCUGCCCACCUUCACCAACAAAUGAUUCUGUACUGAACUACUCUGCAAUGAAUGAUAGUCUCUCCGAGCUCAGUGAAAACUCAGAAGAAAAAGAGCAAAAUUCUAGAAUAUUAAAAAGAGUUCCUAUUUCUUUUGAUGAUCAAGUGAUAGAAAAUGGCAGAGCCAUUGAUAAUUUAAAUGUGCUGGCACCAAUAACAAGAAGAUCUCUGUCCCAAGGUAACCAAAAAUCACCUGAAACCUCAGCAACCAACAAAAUGAUAUUUCCUCAGAGGUCUCAGUCAGUAACUGAUGUUCUUAAAUUACAUGGUAUGAGGAGACCUGAGUCACUCACAUCACUUACUUCUCAGGGCAAUAGUGAUUGUAUUAAUAUGGGAUUUCUGGAAGUUGGCAGCUCGGCUACUUCUGAAUCAUUCGACAUUUCACGUAUUUCUGCAAAUCUCAAGACGAGUAACAGCUCUUAUGGCUUCUCCACUUCUCCGAAUUCAUAUGGUACUGCAAAUGAAGCUUUCUUAUUGGAUAGUCAAUCAUCAGGACUGAUGUCUGAGAACAGUCCGUUAAUCAAAUUGACUCUGAGCGAAACAUCCACAUCAAAAACAAAUAAUGCAGCGCAGUACUUCAUGAAAAUACCUCUACAACCUCCUAUUCCUAUUGAGGACUUGCAGCUAAAAUUUGAAAGACUAAAGUUACAAUCAUUUGGGAGCAUUGGUCGAUUACCAGUGGAAACCCCAAAUAGCAAAGUUCAACACUUUCUGGGAUGCGAUGGCAAUCCUGGACAUCAUACAUCGGUUACUGGUCUAAAUAAUAGUCAAAAAGAGGGAAUUAAUUUGGUAGAUAUUUGUACAGCUUUGCCAAGAGAAGAACACUACAGUAUGAGACAGGCGCGUCUGAUAUCAGCAUCUUCCUCAGAUUCAGUAUUUAUUGAUGAUGACAAGGUGAACCAGUCUAUAUUGCAAGAGGCUAGGCUCCUUGCUCGGACUUUUGAUGAAAUGGCACAACAGGUCACAUCUAGCUCAUUCAGCAGUGCAGAUGAUUUAUUGUAUAGCGAUGCGCAAAUGAAUUUUGACUGUCUACCCGUAUCAGAUGACGAUUGUAGUGAUGAAGUUUCAGAACAUAACUUAAUAGACUUCCCUGGAACUCCUACAACCGGCACAGAUACUAGCAAUCCAAAUGCGGCUCCUCGAGAGGUUUUAAAAGAACAAGUAUUGGGUUCAAAUGCAUGCAAAACAACUUCAAAUGAACUUAAGAAUCUCGAAACUGAAUUUAUUGAUCAAGAUAUUACUGAAAAUAAGAUAAUGGCUGCAACAUUGCUUCUCGAUCUUGAAAAACUGAUCCAUAGAGAAAAUAAUCCAGAGGCAAUAUCGCUGCUUGAAAGUUUAGAAAAAGUUUUAGGAGUCAAAUAUGAGAGUAAUGCUCAAUUAUUAGCUACGUGUAUUCAGACAAAUAACUUGAGCAAAAGUCCAAUUAAAUGUGGAAGCAAGUUGGGACUUAACGAAAAUAUAAAACAAGAAACUUUAGAAAGAAGUCAUGAGGACAAUGACGAUAUUGGACCUUUGGAAAAUGUAAAAAUCCUCAACAUACAUAGUGAUGAGAAUUUUAAAUUGAAUUUAAACGUUCAUAACACCAUAACCAAAAGUGAAAAGUCGAUCAUAACAGACUUUAUUCCAAUACCUGAAAAUUAUGAAAAAAUUCCUUCCAAUGAGUUCAAUGUUAGCUCAGACAACUUGGUAAAUAAAGGAAACGAAACCACAGUGAACCACACAGCAGCGCUCAAGCUAAUAACAGAUCUUAGCCGAAUAUUGGGUGGAUGUGAUAAUGAAUCUUCUCCACUUUCUCUAUUAACGAAUUUACGACAGGUUUUGAAUUUAGCAACGAAUCAACUCAGUUUUGAAAACGCCCAGCUGAGAAAACUACAGAGUCAAGAGUCAUUUAACCGCAUUAAUCCUGAAACUUGUAAAUCACAAGUAAUGCCAAAAACCAAUUCAAAAAACGAUGAUGUCCAACGUGAUGCUAAGCUUCAAUCCGUGAAAAUAAGGCGUUCAAAUAGUAUCGAUUCUGCAGUGACGCAACCACCUACUGCUUCGGACUUGCGUAAACGUAGCAUGUCUAUUAGCGGCUCUCAACACAAAAUUUUACUCAAAAGACCUGGAUCAACAGAAAGUAUGAGACCACGUGUGAAAAGCGUCGGGAAAAUGUCAGCCUCAAUUUCAAUCCCUAAAUCAGAUGCAUCAGAUAGAUCAACAUCAGCAGUACCAGAAGCAGGGAAUAAGAGAGCAUCUAUGGUUGGCAGUAUUGCAAAAUAUAAACUGAAGAAAAAAACGGAGCCAGAUGGAGUUUCCGGCAAGAAAGGUCCCCUCAAAGCUUUGAUUCCCAUAGGGAGUAUGCAGAGACAAGGAUCACUAGGUUCUAGAGUAACUCCAAUGCCAGUACCAAAAACUCCUCCAAAAUGCAGUUCAAAUGGAAGAUCUACUUUCACAGGGGUCACUAGCAGUACUCCUAAUUCAAUCAUAUUACCAGUCGCAAAAUCAUCACCAAAAGUUAAGCCUGUAGCUUCUUCGACGCCAGACGGAGGACGGAAUCAAAAAAGCAGAAUGCAGGCUGCUAAAAGUCGAAAGUUUUCUUGCAACAUUUCUCCGGUUCCACAAAUACCGGUUCGUAGCCAUAAUGGUAACAGUGGUUCAAAAACUUCACCUGCAAAAAGUAGGUGGAACAAAACGCUAUCUCCACCCAAAAGACGGAGCACUCAGGAAGCCCAAUCGCUCAACACAACUGAAUCUGGCAUUCCAAAAUAUUCAGCAAAUAACAAUUCCAACGAAUUUGCAAAGCCUAAAAUUCCAAGCUCUCCUAAGCCGCUAUCAACCAAGUCUGAGACUCCGAAAAAACAACGCUCUAAUGAAAAUAAAAGUGGAAGCCAGAUACCUCAAAGUCCCUUGAAAACUAUGAAUAAUCAAAAUACAAAAUUUAAACCUCUCAAUUUGAUUUCGAAACUCCGAAGAGGAAACAGUGGCGGUAAUUUGGCGGAUAAAGAGAAUUACAUGUGAUUAUUAAACUUCGAAUGUAUAAGUUAUUUUUUUAAAUGGUAUUCUAUAUUUUUUAUACGCUCCGAAGCAGCAUUUUUAUUUUACUAACUGGUAACCAGGCGAAUCUUAUCAUGAGCAAAUGUAUUGUGUCUUGUGUAUGGCAGUAUAUUAUUUAAGUAAGUACUCAAAUCAUUAUUUUGGGACCCGCUUUGUGAUUCAUGUAAUUUUUGUAUCGAAAUGUAUUCAUGCAACGAAUUCAUUGAAUAAUUCUUGCUGUAUUUGAUCUGGGAUUUUUCUUCUCACUACUCAAGCUGAGCGCAUCUAUAUAUCAACAUACUGAUAAUUCAUAGUUCAAGAGAGACAGUGGAGUAUUUGCGGUCGGACGAUAAUUAGUUUGCCCCUAACAUAAGUACCUUGGUAAUAUCAAUAUUUUUUUCAAUCAGCAUACAUUUGUGGCCUCAACCACUUGAUUAUAUCUAUGAAUUCUUCGCAA